AUGGCCCAGUUGCUGGUACCGCCUGGUCCUGACAGCUUCCGCCCCUUUGUCCCGGAGUCUCUGGCCGCCAUUGAGAGGCGCAUUGCCGAAGAAGAGGCCCGGAGACCGCGGGCAGAGCGUCGCAGCGACUGUGAUGAUGAAAAUGGACCCAAACCUAACAGUGACUUGGAGGCAGGAAAAUCACUUCCCUUCAUCUAUGGUGACAUCCCUCCAAGUUUGGUGUCCACUCCCUUGGAGGAUUUGGACAGCUUUUACAGCAACCAGAAGACUUUCAUAGUAUUGAAUCGUGGGAAGGCAAUCUUCCGUUUCAACGCCACUCCUGCCUUGUACAUCUUAAGCCCCUUCAACCCGCUUAGGAAAAUAGCGAUUCGAGUUUUAGUCCACUCGAUGUUCAGCGUGUUGAUCAUGUUCACCAUCCUAACCAACUGUGCUUUUAUGACCCUAAGUAACCCUCCAGAAUGGGCCAAGAAUGUAGAAUACACAUUCACAGGGAUUUACACUUUUGAGUCACUCAUAAAGAUCCUGGCCAGAGGCUUCUGCGUGGGCAAGUUUACUUUUCUGCGUGACCCUUGGAACUGGCUGGACUUUAGCGUCAUCCUCAUGGCAUAUGUCACAGAGUUUGUGGACCUGGGCAAUGUAUCAGCGCUGCGAACCUUCAGGGUUCUGCGGGCCCUGAAAACUAUAUCAGUCAUCCCAGGUUUGAAGACUAUCGUUGGUGCUUUGAUCCAGUCAGUCAAAAAGCUGUCGGAUGUGAUGAUCCUGACAGUAUUCUGCCUCAGCGUCUUUGCUCUCAUUGGCCUGCAACUCUUCAUGGGCAAUCUAAGGCAGAAAUGUGUGCGCUUGCCAAUCCCUGGCAACAACACCAACAACAGCGAAUCCAUUGCCACCGACAUGUUUCUUCUCAACAGCAGCCUAGCAGAAGUCAGCGACAUGUUCCCUAACAACACAGGGAGGGCAUUCAACUGGACUGAGUACAUCAGCAAUGACAGUAAUUACUAUUUCCUCCCUGGUGGUAGGGAUGCUCUGCUCUGUGGAAAUGGCAGUGGGGCUGGGGUUUGUCCGGAAGGCUUUGUUUGUAUCAAAGCGGGCCGUAACCCAGACUUCGGCUACACAAGUUUUGACACCUUCAGUUGGGCUUUCCUGUCUCUAUUCCGACUUAUGACCCAGGACUACUGGGAGAACCUCUAUCAGCAGACUUUACGUGCUGCAGGGAAGCCCUACAUGAUCUUCUUCGUUUUGGUGAUCUUUCUGGGUUCCUUUUACCUUGUGAAUUUGAUUUUGGCUGUUGUGGCCAUGGCUUAUGAUGAGCAAAACCAGGCCACCAUAGAGGAGGCCCAACAGAAAGAGGAAGAGUUCCAGGCCAUGAUGGAACAGCUCAAGAGGCAGCAGGAGGAAGCACAACAGGUUGCCGCGGCAGCAGCCACGGAGUGCGGCGAGUACAGCCAGAGGGGGGGCCCCACCUCUGAGUCCUCCUCUGUGACAUCCAAGCUCAGUUCAAAAAGUGCAAAAGAGCGACGCAAUAGGCGGAAAAAAAGGAAACAGAGGGAGGAAGAGGAGGAGGAGAGGGGUUCAUGCAACAGGUUCCAUAAAUCUGUAACUGUGGACAGCAUCAACAGAUCCUUCCACUUCUCCAUGGAUGCGAACAGAUUGUCCUAUGAGAAAAGAUGCUCCUCACCCAAUCAGUCUCUGCUCAGUAUACGAGGAUCACUCUUCUCACCACGGAGGAACAGCCAGGGUAGCCUCUUCAGCUUCCGUGGACGAGCUCGCGACAUGGGCUCUGAAAACGAUUUUGCGGACGACGAGCACAGUACCUUCGAGGAGAGCGACAGCCGCCGGGGCUCACUCUUUUUACCCCGUCGCCUGGAGCGUCGUUGCAGCGCCAUCAGCCAGACGAGCCUCAGGGUACCUCGUGUGAUGCUUCCUGCCAACGGCAAGAUGCAUUGCGCGGUGGAUUGCAAUGGCGUUGUUUCACUGGGUACCACAACAGACACUGAAGUGAGAAAGCAACACUCGAUUGAUUAUUUAGAUGAACCAGGGGGCAGGCAAAGAGCCAUGAGUGUGGCCAGCAUCCUCACCAACACCAUGGAAGAGCUUGAAGAGUCGAGACAGAAAUUCCCCCCCUGCUGGUAUCGAUUUGCCAACACUUGUUUGAUCUGGGAUUGCUGCCCUGCCUGGCUUAAAAUAAAAGAGUUUGUCAGCAUGGUUGUCAUGGACCCAUUUGUGGAUCUGACUAUCACUAUUUGCAUUGUCCUCAACACGCUUUUUAUGGCCAUGGAGCAUUAUCCAAUGACGAAAGAUUUCAACACUGUCCUUUCUGUCGGAAACCAGGUAUUCACUGGCAUUUUCACAGCAGAGAUGUGCCUCAAGGUCAUCGCCCUCGAUCCUUACUAUUACUUCCAGGAAGGCUGGAACAUUUUUGACGGCAUUAUUGUCAGUCUAAGUCUGAUGGAGCUGGGUUUGUCCAAUGUAGAGGGCCUGUCUGUUCUCAGGUCCUUUCGACUGCUGAGGGUAUUCAAACUGGCUAAAUCCUGGCCAACUCUGAAUAUGCUGAUCAAGAUCAUCGGUAACUCAGUGGGGGCCCUUGGGAACUUAACCCUGGUGCUCGCUAUCAUCGUGUUCAUCUUCGCUGUGGUGGGAAUGCAGCUUUUUGGCAAGAGUUACAAGGAGUUCUUCUGUACGAUAAACGAUGGAGGGUGUCAACUACCACGUUGGCACAUGCAUGAUUUCUUCCACUCCUUCCUCAUUGUAUUCCGGGUGCUGUGUGGAGAGUGGAUCGAGACUAUGUGGGACUGCAUGGAGGUAGCAGGACCGACAAUGUGUCUGAUUGUCUUCAUGAUGGUGAUGGUCAUCGGAAACUUGGUGGUUCUGAACCUGUUCUUGGCACUGCUUCUGAGCUCUUUCAGCGCUGAUAACUUGGCGGCAACUGACGAUGACAGCGAAAUGAAUAACUUGCAAAUUGCUGUGGGCCGUAUCCAGCGCGGCAUUGCCUUUUUAAAAUCUUCUGUCCGACAAUUCCUCCAGAGCCUUUUCUUUGGUGGAACUGGGAAAGGAUCUAGUAUGCAUGAAGAGAGCAAACCCCUGGAAGAACUGCAUAGCAAUGGCAAAGGCAACUUUAUCACUAAUCACACAACAGUGGAAAUGACCAAGGACCCUAGCGGAAUGUACAUGACACCUGAGGGCAACGGACGCCCAGGUGGAGGCCUUGUCGCCGGGGGGAUGGUCGACGGGGAUAGCACUGAAAAGUACCCUAUAGAUGAAUGUCCCUACAUGUCAUUUAUUCACAACCCGAGCCUGACAGUCACAGUGCCUAUUGCUGUGGGUGAGUCAGACUUCGAGAACCUCAACACAGAGGAUUUAAGCAGCGAUUCCUCAGAUGUAGAGGGCAGCAAAGAGAAGCUUAACAUUGAGCCCCGGCAACUCAGCUCUUCAGAAGGGAGCACUGUUGAUAUUCGCCCACCAGGAGAUGGGGUUGAUUCAGAGGAACUGGAGCUAGGAGAGUCACUGGACCCAGAAGCCUGCUUUACUGAGGGAUGUGUGAGCAGAUUCCAGUGUUGCCAGGUCAAUGAGGAAGAAAGCGGGUUUAAGAGUUGGUGGACACUCCGGAAAACCUGUUUUGUUAUAGUGGAGCACAACUGGUUUGAGUCCUUUAUCAUAUUUAUGAUCCUGCUUAGCAGCGGUGCACUGGCUUUUGAGGACAUUUAUAUUGAACAGAGGAGGACAAUCAAAACAAUGCUGGAGUAUGCAGACAAGGUCUUUACUUAUGUCUUCAUUCUGGAGAUGCUGCUGAAAUGGGUGGCCUACGGCUUUGUCAAGUACUUCACCAAUGCCUGGUGCUGGCUCGACUUCCUGAUUGUUGACGUGUCCCUUGUCAGCCUUGUGGCCAAUGCUCUGGGCUACUCUGAGCUCACCGCCAUCAAAUCGCUAAGGACGCUGCGAGCCCUCCGCCCACUCAGAGCCUUAUCUCGGUUCGAGGGCAUGAGGGUUGUGGUGAAUGCACUACUGGGCGCCAUCCCCUCUAUCAUGAAUGUGCUGCUGGUCUGCCUCAUCUUUUGGCUCAUCUUUAGCAUCAUGGGGGUCAACCUGUUUGCAGGGAAGUACUACUACUGCGUCAAUACGACUACUGACGAAGUCUUCCCUAUUGAAGUGGUCAACAACAAGACUGACUGCCUUUAUUUGGUCAACGACAGCGCCAGAUGGAAGAAUGUCAAAAUCAAUUUUGACAAUGUCGGUGCUGGUUAUUUGGCAUUGUUACAAGUGGCAACCUUUAAGGGCUGGAUGGACAUAAUGUAUGCUGCAGUGGAUUCUCGUAAUCUGGAGGAUCAGCCCAAAUAUGAAGUGAACUUGUACAUGUACCUGUACUUUGUCAUCUUCAUCAUCUUUGGUUCCUUUUUUACUCUCAACCUGUUCAUUGGCGUUAUUAUUGACAACUUCAACCAGCAGAAAAAAAAGUUUGGAGGGCAAGAUAUCUUUAUGACAGAGGAACAGAAGAAAUACUACAACGCUAUGAAGAAGUUAGGAUCCAAGAAACCGCAGAAACCUAUUCCUCGACCAACAAAUGCAUUUCAAGGCUGUGUGUUCGACUGCAUAACAAAGCAAGCUUUUGACAUCGUUAUAAUGAUCCUCAUCUGCCUUAACAUGGUGACCAUGAUGGUGGAGACUGAUGACCAGACUCAGGACAUGGACGACAUCCUUUACUGGAUCAACCUGGUCUUCAUUGUACUCUUCACUGGGGAGUGCAUACUAAAGAUGGUCUCCUUGCGUCACUAUUACUUCACCAUAGGUUGGAAUAUAUUUGAUUUUGUGGUGGUGAUCCUGUCAAUUGUAGGCAUGUUUUUGUCAGACAUGAUAGAGAAAUACUUUGUUUCCCCAACAUUGUUCCGCGUGAUCCGUCUAGCAAGGAUCGGCCGCAUUCUCCGUCUCAUCAAGGGUGCCAAGGGCAUCCGGACACUCCUCUUUGCCCUGAUGAUGUCACUUCCUGCCCUUUUUAAUAUCGGCCUCCUCCUUUUUUUGGUCAUGUUCAUCUACGCAAUUUUUGGCAUGUCCAACUUUGCCUACGUCAAACGGGAGUCCGGAAUCGACGACUUGUUCAAUUUCGAAACCUUUGGAAAUAGUAUGAUCUGCUUGUUCCAGAUCACUACCUCAGCUGGAUGGGAUGGUCUUUUGGCACCUAUCCUGAACAAGAGGGAACCUGACUGUGAUAGCCAAAUGGAACACCCAGGCAACUACUACAAAGGCAACUGUGGCAACCCAUCAGUGGGUAUCUUCUUUUUCGUCAGCUACAUCAUCAUUUGCUUCCUGAUUGUGGUCAACAUGUACAUUGCCGUCAUCCUGGAGAAUUUCAGCGUGGCGACGGAAGAAAGUGCCGAGCCGCUAAGUGAGGAUGACUUUGAGAUGUUUUACGAAGUGUGGGAGCGCUUCGACCCUGAUGCCACGCAGUUCGUGGAGUACAGCAAACUCUCAGACUUUGCCGAUGCGCUCGACCCGCCGUUGCGUAUGCCCAAACCUAACAUGAUUCAGCUCAUCUCCAUGGACUUGCCGAUGGUGAGCGGCGAGCGCAUCCACUGCCUCGACAUCCUGUUUGCCUUUACUAAGCGCGUACUCGGGGAAGGCGGUGAGAUGGAUGUGUUGCGAGGGCAGAUGGAGGAACGCUUUAUGGCAUCCAAUCCUUCAAAGGUGUCGUACGAGCCAAUCACAACUACUCUCCGCCGCAAGCAGGAAGAAAUGUCCUCCAUCAUCAUCCAGAGAGCUUUCCGUCGCUACAUGAUUUGCACCGCCAUGAAGAAGGCCUCAGCCCUCUACAAAGAGCACCUGAAAGAGGGCCUGCGUGACCCUGACAAGGACGUUAUGGUCAUCAGCAAAUUCAACGAGAACUCCACCUCGGAAAAAACAGAAAUGACCGCAUCCACUGCUUCCCCUCCCUCUUACAACAGCGUGACAAAAUCUGACAGGGACAAAUACGAGAAAGAAAACAGUGAGAAGAAAAAAGAUUUGAAAGAGCAAAAGAAAUAG